CAUGGCCCCCAUAGCGACCAUUAUUCUGCUACUGGUAGUUGUGGUAACCCAGGCGCAUGGAAAUAUGGAUUACAACAAGAUAAAACUGAAACCCAUUCCUCGACAAUAUCUCGAUCCAUAUUCAAAACUGCGCAGUAGGACACCGGACAAGUACACGGGUUGCAUGUGUCCGACCAGGCUCAAUACGACAGGCUCCUUCUACAUGUUUUGUGGACCAGAACUGAAUCCAAAAGAAGGCGGGGUUUGCCUCAAGGAGGGUAUAUACAGAUGCAUUGACGGUCAGAAGGAAGCGAUUAUGACAGUGGAUUGUGAAAAACUGACCGCCGGGGCAACUAUCUGCUAUAGCACUAAGUAUUGCCCACCAGCAAUACAAUUGAACGACUGUACAGAGAACAACGUCAAAGCAUGCGAUUGGUCAAAAAUCAAACGUUGAGAUGAAUUUUGCGUCAACUGAAGAAUUGAGAAUAGAUGGACGCGACGAGAAGACCAAUACACUAACUUUUCAAUCUAUUAAAAUUCAUAAAAUUUAUGACAUAUCUGUGCAUAAACCCUU